AGUGACGGACAGAGCGCUCACUCCUGCUAUUAUUACACCAGAGGAGGAUGUUUCGCAAUUCACUCCAGAGCUACUGAACUCACCGGAUACUACGGCUUUACAUCUUCAAGUAUACCUACGCUUAAUACUGCAGAUAGCCACAGGAACAAUGCCUGAAGAGAAAGUGUUCCAGCAGCAGGCGGUCCACAGCCCCCACGAGCCGCAGCAGAAGUCCAAACCCAAGGCCGGACCCAUCCCGUGUCAGAACUGUGGCAAGCCCUGCAAGGGAGAGGCCCUGCGCGUCCAGAACAAGCACUUCCACAUCAAGUGCUUCGUCUGCAAAGUAUGCGGCAGCGAGUUGGCCCAGGGCGGCUUCUUCGUGCGUCAGGGCGAGUACAUCUGCACCCUGGACUACCAGCGCAUGUACGGCACCCGCUGCUUCAGCUGCCAGGACUUCAUCGAGGGGGAGGUGGUGUCUGCGCUGGGCAAGACCUACCACCCACGCUGCUUUGUGUGCGCCUCCUGCAAACAGCCGUUCCCCGCUGGAGACAGAGUGACAUUCAACGGGAAGGAGUGUAUCUGCCAGAAAUGCACUCAGCCUCUCCCGGCCAACAGCCCUGCUCCCAUCCAAGCAGUGCACAACUGCUGUGGCUGCGGGAAGGAGUUUAAGAAUGAACAGUCUCUGGUGGCUCUGGACAAACACUGGCACCUGGGCUGUUUCAAGUGUAAAGUCUGCAGCAAGGUGCUCAACGCAGAGUACAUCAGCAAGGAUGGGAUUCCUUACUGUGAGAUGGACUACCACGCCAUGUUCGGUAUCCAGUGUGAGAACUGCAAGAAGUACAUCACUGGAAAAGUCCUUGAAGCUGGAGAGAAGCAUUACCACCCCACAUGUGCCCGCUGUGCCCGCUGUGAGCUCAUGUUUGCAGAGGGAGAGGAGAUGUACCUGCAAGGGAACUCAAUCUGGCAUCCUCCGUGCAGACAAGCCGCCAAGCAAGAAGAGAAGAGCAAGGUGACCAGGACUUCAUCUGAGAGCAUUACCUCAGUGCCGGCCUCCAGCGCCUCGGGUUCGCCCAACAGAGUCAUCUAUGCCAAACUAGGAGAGGAGAUGCUGGACUACAAAGAUCUGGCCGCUCUUCCAAAGACCAAGGCGAUCUACAACAUUGACAGACCCGACAUGCUCUCCUACUCCCCCUAUGUGAGCUACCCGUCUGAGGAAAGACACUACGGAGAGUCCCCCCAGCUGCUCUCUCCUACUCCCACCGAAGGGGACGGGGAAAAGUCUCCGAGGCAGAGGAGACCCUCCAGCCCCAGCUCCAACAGCUCUCUGGGGGGAUACGGACGCUACACUCCCUCCCGCUCUCCACAGAACUACAGCCGGCCAGCUUUUGGACCAGACACAGUCCUUACAGGCAGAUACAGCAGCCUGCCCCGUGACACCACUUCCCUGUCACCACCCCCCACUCUCCCGGGAGGACAUAAGUACUCCUCCCUGCCCGGGUACCACAGCGGGGGUGGGGGGGCAGAGGGGAGCGCCGGUGGAGGGCUCGGUAGUGGCAAGUGCUCUCCCGUACCACCAGGGGGCACUGCCUUACACCUAAACCCCACCACUCUGGCCCUGCUGCAGCAGCACAACUACAUCCCGUACUUCAGAGGUAGUGAAAGUGGCCGGAGUACCCCUAGCUUAUCCACCUAUUCUGAUGGAAAGUCCCCCUCCUCGGCCUCUACAUACGUGGCUGCACCCAGGCAUUUCCACAUACCAGAGACUAUGGUCAAAGAUAAUAUCUAUAGAAAACCCCCCAUCUACAGACAGCAUGCCUCUAGAACCUCCUGGCAGGAUGGGGAGGAUAGCAAGAGGACCAGCUGGAGUAUGCUCAAGAACGAGAUCGAUGGGACAGAAGAUUCAGAUCCACGCAAGUCCACAUGUAGCCUGCCCACGGACACCUCACAGCCAAAUUUCCCAUAUAACAAGUCUGCAUCCUUACCUGGUUAUGGAAGAAAUGGCAUCUACAAGGCUGCCGACAUGGUGGAGGACGAGGUGGACCCAGACUCCCACAGCUGGGGAGGCAUGAGAGAGUAUAAGGUCUAUCCAUAUGAAGUGUUGGCAGUGACACAUCGAGUCAAAGUGAAGCUUCCCAGAGAUGUAGAUCGCACCAGACUGGAGAGACACCUAUCUCCACACGACUUCAUGCAGGUGUUUGGCAUGACGCUGGAGCAGUUCGACCGCCUGGCCCUUUGGAAGAGGAACGACAUGAAGAAGAAGGCUCGUCUUUUUUAGGCCCGGGACAGGAGUAUAGAAAUGCCAAACUACAUCUCAACUACUAUCAGCCUGGACUCUUAUGAAAUAUCUCUAUAUGCACCGCCAUGUAAGCCCUGCAAUCCACCUGCUGUCCGCCCGGGAGCCCACCGGGAGGCGCUCUACAUCCGGACUCCACCCUUACAAUCCUGCUUUUUUUGUAUGCAAUGUCGUCUAAAUGUUUCACUGGCGGUAAAGAGGAGAGGACUUGGUUUUUCGAGCUUGAAAGCGCAAAAGUGAUAAAUUACAUUAACGUGUUUCAUUGUUUGUGAUGUGUGGAAGUCCGUGUUAGUCUGUUUUGUUGCUUCUAGCUUCAGAAUAAUUUUUAAAGCAUGCAAUAGGCUAACAUACAGUAGCAUAUACUGUACAUUUUGCCUGGAAUUCAGUGGCCUAUGCAUGAUUAUAGCCUAGUGGAUUUUGCUAUGUUAGUCUAGCCUUACUGUCGUGUACAGCGAGAACUGCAAUACAUGCUCAUGGUUUGUGCCUUUUCAACUCGUCGAGGCCAAUCCGCAUUACAAUAGGCCUUUUUUUAGUGUUUUAUUUAUUGUUUUAAUUUUGUUUUAAUCGUUUUUAUUUAUGCUUGGGGCUGCCACAAGUGUGACAGUGUGUUAUAUUGGAUAACACUUUAUAAAAAAUAGCCUUAAUAAAGCGUGAACAAAGAUUUAAAGGGACAGGUCGGAAUUUUGGACAUAGGACCUCAUUUCCCAGUGAGACAGAGUGUUGGAGACGUGUGGAGACACUUUUUUAAAUAUUCCAUCCAGUCCUUGUAUUUGCAGAGGUCACUGGUGCUAGACUAGUGUAUGUUAAUGGCCAUAGUUAUCCUGCCACUAAAAACACUCUUACCCACUCCACAAAACACCCGAAGCAAAUCUAUUAUUACACCAGACUGUUGAUGUGAAUGUCUGUGUUGCUAGAAUUUUAGAAAUAAAACUAACCUUGCAUUUGAAGGAUUUAUGUCUAAGCAGCAGCAGCGAGUUGUUAGCCCGAUUCAUCAGCCGGUUUCAUUUUGUGGAAACCGUCUGACCUCGCAUCAUGAGCAUUUGUUCGCUUGACAGUAGGCGGGUACUUUUUUUUUAUUUAACCAAUCGCUGCUUUUUGCUCGCUUUUCCCAAAUCCCGUAGGAAGAAGGGCAAUAACGUCUUUCCCCUUGAUAAAAUUCACCAAACAUUCUCUUUGUUCCGGCUUUAAAUCCUCGAUCUCGGGAAUCGUUGACAACACAGAAUGUAUGGCUCUUCGCUGAUUGGCUGGUGCCUGAACUCGCACUUCCAGGGUUCUUGCAAAUUGUCUAGUGUAUUCUGAUUCCUGACCUAGUCGCCGGAGAGACAUGAAAUUGAGCAGAGGCACUAGGUGGCGCCAGCGAGGUAGCGAGUUGUACUUCCUGAUAGAAAGCUUGGCAGUGGCGGACUAAUAUAUGAGAAAAUAGUCCCUUAACAUACAACGAUUCAUACGAUGGAAGGUUAGUUUUAUUUCAAACAUU